CAUCAUGAACGAGCGCCAGCUCGCAAUGGGCGAGAGCACGUGCGGAGCGCGGUUCGUGUCGCGGCCCAUCUCGGACGGCGGGCUCGCACUCCUCGACAUCACCGAGCUCGGCCGCAUCGCGCUCGAGCGGACGACGACGGCGCGGGAUGCCAUUCUGCUCAUGGGUCGUCUCGCCGAGACCUACGGGUACUAUGGCUCGGAUUGGGACAACGACGACGCGUAUGCGAGCGCCGGCGAAGCGCUCACGAUCUCCGACACGACCGAGGCCUGGAUGUUUCACAUUCUGCCGGACGACACGGGCGCAUCUGCGCUCUGGGCCGCUCAGCGCGUGCCAAGCAACCACAUUGCAGUGGUUGCCAACGAGUUUGUGCUUCGGGAGAUCCAAUUCGACGACGCAGACAACUUUCUCUCCUCGUCCAACCUCCGCGACGUGGCGGCGCGCAGCGGGUUUUGGGAACCGACCUUGCCCUUUGACUUUACAGCAGCGUUUGCGUACACGGGAGCGUCGUCCGAGGCGUCGACGCGCCGCGUCUGGCGUGUCUUCAACCUCGCCGACCCGUCCAACGCGCUCAGCCCGUUCACCGACUUGUACGCAAGCAACUAUCCGUUCUCGAUCGCGCCCGCGAGUCCGCUCUCGGCCCACGACCUCAUGGCCUUUCAGCGCGACCACUUUGAAGGCACAGCCUUCGACUUGACCCAGGGACCGGCCGCCGGUCCCUUUGGCGACCCGGAGCGCUACAGCACGGCACAGAGCGGCGGCCGAUUUGAGCGCAGCAUCGCCGUGGCCUCGUCCACGUACUCGUUUGUCGCAGUGCCGACGGCCACGUCGCAGGACCUCGGGCUUCUCUGGUUUGGCGCCCAUGCGCCGGACGCCAACACGUACAUUCCGCUGCACGUCCGCAUCUCCGAGGUGCCGGCGCGUCUGAGCCAAGGCUCGCUGCGGGCGUUCGACUUGAACGUCACCUUUUGGCUCCACGCAGUCCUGGGCAACUACGCAGCGCGCUACUACAAGUUUGCGCACCCCGUGAUUGCCGAGACGCAGGUCGCGCUCGAGUCGGCCAUGCGCUCGACACUCAAGGAUGUUGACCGUGUGGCGCCAGCGCUGCGAGAUCUCCAGGGCGACGAUGCAAUGGUGGCGUACUUGACGACCAACGCCGACGUGGCUGCAACGCAAGCCCACGACGUCUUCUUCGCUCUUUUCUCGAGCGUCGUCACGCGCUUCCACGACGGCUACGUCGUGGCCAACGCGACAAGCGCGCGCUUGAGCACCACGCCGAUGGGGUACCCGGACUGGUACCUCAAGAGCGUCGGGUACUUCGACCCGCUCGGCGGCGCGAGUGCGUCGUCCGUCGGCGCGAUCGUGUUUCUCAUUCUCGUCAUCAUCAUCGCGCUCAGCGUCGGCGUCGGCUUUUACGUCGGCCGCGUCCGCGCUGCCAAGAAGCGCGGCUAUGCUUACAUUCAAUAA